UGCAGCAAUAUCUAUUUGGUGAUCGAGAGAGAUUCGUGAUGUCAUUGGCAUGCAUUUCUCGAAUGUGUUGCCUGUUUUGCUUUCUUCUGUUCUGUUCGUUGCUGUGUGGCGCUGUAUUCCCACAGUAGUUUAUUGACAGUCAUUUUUAGGGCGGCUACAUUGUGUUUCUUCGAAGCUUUGAGGGAUUCAGAAGUUUGCGUUUGGAAUAGCAGAGGACAUCUCCCUUAAGAGCAACACUGACAUCUGGAUUUGCAAGAUUCUUUAGCCUGAAUAGCUGAAUAGAUUUUCUUUCCGGAUCUCCUGCACACCUGCUUUGUAUUUUUGGAAUGAAAUCCGGGGCUGAGGUGAACAUAGAAUUUAUAGAAUUUUAAGAGAUGGAAGAUAGCAUGAAGCAUAAUGAAGAACAUGGCAACUGUCCUGAAAAGGAUGAGAAAAAAAUCUGGAUGUUUACCACAAUCAUUUUACUGACUAUACUACUUGGUUUUAUCAUCUUUAUAAUUUGGUUUUUGAUAAAGUUUCGAAAACAAAAAGCUAAGUUUAAGAGAGAUAAUGAAGACUUACGCAUGUCACUUAAUGCAGAAAACUAUGUCGGUAAUAAAGAAUUAAAUAAAAUGACUAAACAUUCAGAUAAUAUUGUAAACAUGUCACAUGAAGAACAUCAUGAAGAGCUCACAGUGACCGAUGAUGGAAAACAAGUGAAGUUACUAAAGAUCAAUCCAGGUCCAGAAGCAACCAAAUGGCCAUGUGCCCUAGGUAGCAUAAAGUUGACCAGAAAUUCUACGUGGAAUGUAGAGGUAGGAGAAAAAGGCAGCUGGGCUCUGGGAGUGACUCAGAACGAGGAAACUAUAAAGCAAAAGAAGUAUACCCCAAAUAGCAAGGGGUUAGACUGGGUCAUCACCCUAUCAAAGGGGAAGACACUUGAAGCUAGUUCUGGUGAAAUAAUGGAUGCGUCACAAAGACCCAGAAAGAUAAGAGUUUACCUGGACUUUAAGAAGUCAAUGCUGUACUUCACUAACAUAGAAACCAGGUUACAUAUACACAAAUGUAAUGUUGACACAACUAAACCACUGUAUCCUGUUUUCAGUCCUGGGUCAUCUGACAAAGGCCCCCUGAUAAUCAUUCCAAAUGAUUAAAACUGUUUUACCAUACAGACCUUAUUAUAAAAAGUAAACUAUUUUCCAACAAGUUUAUUGCAUUUAUUAUUUUUUAGGUUGCUAUGAUGGUAACGAAAUAGUAUUAAUGUUUUGUGUCACACAGGCCCAUCUUUUUAAAUUAAAUGAAUGCUAAAUGUUGGAUUAUGCAUUUUACAAACAGCAAGAUGUAUUAUAAAACCAAAUAAUUUUAAGGUCUGUGGACUGGAGUCUCUACUGGUCGACUAUAAAGACUUAACAAUGUUAGCACAGUGCUGUGUUGAUUUAAGCACAUAUGAGGCUGUUACGUUACUACCAUUAUUCUUUGCUCGGCUUAGUUCUUGACUAACUUACAGUUGAUUUAGAAAGUAUUCAGACCCCUUCACUUUCUGCACACUUUAUUGUGUUGUAGAUUUCAUUAUAAAUGGAUAUAUUUGACAUUUUUGCCUGUCACUCUAUACUAAGUAACCCAUAAUGACAGAUGAAAACAUAUUUCCAGAAGGGUUUGCAAAUGUAUUUUAAAAGUCAAAAACUGAAAUCUCCAAAGUAUUCUCUCUUAAGUAUUCAGAUCAUUUGCUCUGGCACUCACAGAUUGUGGUCAGGUGUGUCCUGUUUGCUUUUAUUCUUCUUGAGAUGUGUCUAGAACUUGAUUGGAGUGCACAUGUGGCAAAUUGAAUUGACUGGACAUCAUUUCCAAAAGCACACACAUGUGUAUAGUUUAUAAGGUUCCAUAACUCACGCUGCGUGUCAGGACAAAAGUCAAGUCAUGAAGUCCAAAGAAAAUUGUGGUCAAGCAAAGAUCAGGGCAAGGGUAUGAAAUCAAAGCUAAAUCUUUCAGUGUUCCCAGGAAUACAGUGGCCUCAAUAUUUGUGAAAUGGAAGCACUUUGGAACUCUGAUUGUUCUUGAAUGUCUCGGCCACAGCUCAGACACAAACCUCAUACCCCUAUCUGGGGAGAGACCUAAAGAUAGCAGUUUACAGUUGCUUCCCAUCCAAUCUAAUUUUGCUUGAGAAGAUCUGCCAAAAUGAAUGGGAUAAACUGUUCAAAUCCAGAUGUGCAAAGCUUGUAAAGACUUACCUAAGAAGACUCAAAGUUAGAAUUGCUGAUUUAAGUCUCUGUAUACUUACAGAAAUGAGAGAUUUUAGGUUUUAAUUUUUAAUAAAUUCCCAAGCCUUUCUGAAAACAUGUUUUGAACUUUUAUAGGU